CAUCUCUUCCCCCGAGAGUUCCGAGCCCUCAACUGUCGUGAAAGUCGUCAAGCUGGGGAAAAGAAGGUUUUCCGGUGACGGCUGUCAUAGCCCUAACAAAAAAGCUAUGACUGUAAGUCUACCUGUUGGCUAUUCACUUAGUGAUGCUAUAUAUGCUCUUGAUCCCCCUCCAAGCCUCAAGCCUGAGCUUCAAAGCUCCGAGUGCUCCCGCCCCAGUCCUUUACUCGCUCAUCUAUCGCUACGGCUCUUUGAGACACCUACUAAUACUAUUCCAAGGAAAUGCAGGUCGACAGCCCUGCGGCGGCUGCCGAGCAGAUCAAGAAUUCGAGUGGCGAGAUCGAUGAGGGCCUGUACAGCCGGCAGCUCUACGUCCUUGGUCAUGAGGCUAUGAAACGUAUGAGCUCUUCGAACGUCCUGAUCGUCGGCUUGAAGGGUCUUGGUGUCGAAAUCGCGAAGAACAUCGCUUUGGCCGGUGUCAAGUCUCUCACCUUAUACGAUCCCCGCCCCGCCGAAAUCUCCGACCUCUCCGCACAAUUCUUCCUUUAUCCCGAAGAUGUCGGCAAGCCUCGAGCGGACGUGACGGUCCCUCGUGUGUCCGAGCUGAACCCCUACACGCCUGUCCAGGAGCAUCCGGUCAAAGAUCUGACAUCGAACCUCGAGGAGCUCAAGCGAUAUCAAGUUGUCGUUCUCACCAACACGCCGCUGGCAGAUCAAAUCAAGAUCUCCGAGUUCUGCCACCAGAAUGGGAUCUUCGUCGUCAUCGCAGAUACUUUUGGGUUGUUUGGCAACAUCUUUACUGAUUUCGGAAAGAACUUCUCUUGCGUGGAUCCUACCGGAGAGGAGCCGUUGACUGGCAUUGUUGCCGGCAUUGACGACGAUGGUCUUGUGUCUGCCCUCGAUGAAACGCGACACGGGCUCACCGAUGGCGAUUACGUGACUUUCACCGAGAUCGAAGGCAUGGAGGGGUUGAACAACGCUGCUCCCCGCAAAAUCUCCGUCAGUGGACCAUACACUUUCAGUAUUGGCGAUGUAUCGGGGCUUGGCCAAUACAAACGUGGUGGACUAUACACCCAGGUUAAGAUGCCUAAAAUCAUUGACUUCAAACCCAUUACCGAGUCCUUGGCUGAUCCAGAAUUCCUCAUCUCCGAUUUUGCGAAGUUCGAUCGUCCGGCGCAGCUACAUGUAGGUUUCCAAGCCCUCCAUGCAUUCGCUGCAAACAACGAUGGCAAAAUGCCUCGCGCACACAACGACGAAGAUGCGAACGCUGUCAUCAACAUUGCCAACGAUCUGGCUAAGAAGGCAAAGGAGCCUGUGGAACUGGACGAGAAGAUCAUUCGAGAGCUCAGCUAUCAGGCACGUGGUGAAGUAAGUCCGGUGGCAGCUGUUUUCGGCGGCCUUGCUGCCCAGCAGGCCCUUGAAGCGGUGUCCGGCAAGUUCCACCCUAUCGUCCAGUGGAUGUACUUGGAUUCAUUGGAGUCAUUGCCUACGUCGUUUAAGCGGUCCGAAGAGCUAUGCAAGCCUCAAGGAACUCGUUACGAUGGCCAAAUCGCGGUCUUCGGCGCAGAAUUUCAAGAGAAGAUCAGCAAUAUGAAACAAUUCCUGGUCGGUGCUGGGGCCAUCGGUUGCGAGAUGCUGAAGAAUUGGGCUAUGAUGGGUCUUGGAUCUGGACCGAACGGUCACAUCACGGUGACGGACAUGGAUCAAAUCGAACGGAGCAACCUCAACCGACAGUUCCUCUUCCGUCCCAAAGAUGUUGGGAAACUGAAGGCCGACUGCGCGGCUGAAACUGUGCAGAAGAUGAACCCCGACCUCAAAGGCAAAAUAACCCGAAUGAAGGAUCGCGUUGGACCGGAUAGCGAGCAUAUCUUCAACGAAAACUUCUGGGAAUCAUUGGAUGGUGUGACGAAUGCUUUGGACAACGUUGAAGCCCGUACAUAUGUGGACAGGAGAUGCGUGUUCUUCCACAAACCCCUGCUCGACAGCGGCACAUUGGGCACAAAGGGCAACAGCCAGGUCGUUCUCCCCAGACUCACCGAGUCUUAUUCAAGCUCCCAGGAUCCUCCUGAGCAAUCGUUCCCGAUGUGCACACUGCGAAGUUUCCCCAACAGAAUUGAGCACACGAUCGCAUGGGCCAAGGAUCUCUUCCAUACGUACUUUGUUGGACCCGCUGAAAUCGUCAAUCUGUACUUGACGAAGCCUAACUACGUGGAAUCCCAACUCAAGCAGUCAGGCAACGAGAAGCAAACCUUGGAGACCUUGAAGGAAUUUUUGGUCACCGAGAAGCCACUGACGUUCGACGACUGCAUCACUUGGGCACGGAUCCAGUUCGAGAAGCAGUACAACAAUGCGAUUCAGCAGCUGCUCUACAACUUCCCCAAAGACUCCCAGACAUCGAGCGGCCAACCGUUCUGGUCCGGGCCGAAGCGAGCUCCUGACCCAUUGAAGUUCGAUCCCAACAAUCCAACGCACUUCACCUUCAUUGAAGCGGGAGCCAACCUCCAUGCGUUCAACUACAAGAUCAACCCGAAGGGUGUUACGAAGGAACACUACCUGAAAGUCCUUGCCGACCAAAUUGUUCCGGACUUCAAGCCUGAUCCAGGCGUCAAGAUCCAAGCGUCGGACAACGAACCGGACCCCAACUCCGAUGCAUCCCGAGCCAGCGGCAACGAACUCUCCGAUAUAAUCGCCAGCCUGCCUCCUCCCAAGUCCCUGGCCGGCGUCCAACUGGAACCCGUCGAAUUUGAAAAAGACGAUGAUACCAACCACCACAUCGACUUCAUCACCGCGGCCUCCAACCUGCGUGCCGAAAACUACAAGAUCGCGGAAGCCAACCGCCACAAGACCAAGUUCCUCGCCGGGAAGAUCAUCCCCGCCAUAGCCACCACGACCGCGCUGGUGACCGGCCUCGUCAACCUCGAGCUGUACAAGAUCAUCGAUGGAAAGACCGACCUCGAGCAGUACAAGAACGGGUUCAUCAACAUCGCGCUGCCCUUCUUUGGCUUUAGCGAGCCGAUCGCGAGCCCGAAAGGCACGUACAAGGGGAGUAAUGGCGAGGACGUCGUGAUUGAUAAGCUGUGGGAUCGGUUCGAGACCGAGGAUGUGACGCUGCAGCAGUUCGUCGAUGACUUCAAGGCGAAAGGGUUGGAUAUCACGAUGAUCAGCUCGGGGGUUAGUUUGCUUUAUGCAAGCUUCUAUCCACCAAGUAAGCUGAAGGACCGCCUGCCUUUGAAGUUGAGUGCGCUUGUGGAAACCAUCAGCAGGAAGCCCAUCCCCGAGCACCAGAAGAACGUCAUCUUCGAGAUCACUGCCGAAGAUAGUACGGAGGAGGACGUGGAAGUCCCGUAUGUGAUGUUGAAGUUGAGGAAGUAA